CACAGGUGUUUUCAGUAUUCUAUCCAUUUUUUUUUGAAUACAUAAACUAGACGCACAUUGAAAGUGUGGAUCGCAAUCAAAAGCACGCACUCAACACUCAACGAAUUUAAAUAGUAUGGCGGCACAAGAUGGACUAAUGGACACCUUCUGGGAACUCAUGCACUUGUCGACCCCACCGGUUGACCCCACGCCUCUAACCCGGUCUCACAAGUUUCUGCUACUGCAAGGGUACAUAUACGUAACACUUGGUAUAUCCUUCAUGGCCGCAUCUGAUAUGGUUCUGCAGAUGAUAGGUCACGGAGUGCCUACGGUAGAGGAGAGCAGCAUGUUCCAGAUGGUCGGUGCUGCCCUGGUGAUUAUUGGAUACUUCUACAUGCAGAUGGCGAAGUCAAAUACCGAACUCCUUUUGGCGACGACAGUGUUUGAUCGUUUAGUAAUACUACCCCCACUGAUCAUAUUCGGAUACUUUACGGGAGCUCCCACCUCAGUGUCUGUAUUCUUUGUGCUGGCAGACCCCCUUAUUGCUCUACUGACUUGGCUGUCAUGGCAUCAUGAUCCUGCCAGAGUGCAGAAAGGAUCAAAAUCCAAGUAAAAGAAUUAGCUCAACAUUGUAUUGCAGGUGAUACUUGUAUGAAUGAUUCACAGGCGUUCUGGUGGUACGCCGACUAGUUGGUACUUCGAAUAGUGCGUCUUCGAAUCAAGACACUCUGAUUAUAAUAGUAAGAGAUGGUCAAAUAAAAUAUACAAUUCACGGAG